AUGUUGAAUACUCUACCCCAAGCGCCCGCCGGGGGAUCGAUGAUCGCCAACGGCGCCGCAUUCUUUGUUCGUGAAAACUGGGCCAAGGAGGCCGGCCUGGGUGCUCAUCGACUGGUGCCUAGUCUGAGAGCUAAGAGAGCUAUGGCCAGCAAGGACAUGAGACCGCUGCAGAAGCGCGAGUCUCGCUCCGGCACUCGCAAGGUAUCCUCGCUCUCCGCUGAACAGCUGGAGCGCAAACGUGCCAAUGACCGCGAAGCCCAGCGGUCCAUCCGUCAACGCACCAAGGAGCACAUCGAGCAGCUCGAGAUCCAGGUGUCAUCGCUGCAGGGCCAGAUCGCGGAUCUACGGCCGCGCAGUGACCGCUUCGACGAGAUCAUACAACGCAACGCCGUUCUCGAGGACGAGGUCGACCGUCUCAAACACCAAUUAACCUCGUUGGCCCGUCCCGGAUUCGCCGGUGCCGGUGAGCAGGUGGCCGCGGGAUCUCACCGCGGUGGAUGGGGCAUGGAAGAAGCCCCCAACAGCACAGCCAUCCCAACCACGGGGACGAUGCUCUCGCCGCACUUCACCAGCACGGCUCACGCGACCCCCACCGUCCCUCGCUCAGCCUCCAGCCGAUCGCCCCACCCCGCCGACUGGCAGGAACAAUACUCGACGCGGUCGCCGUCGCUGGGCGCCGCGUCCGACCCGGAGUCGUUUUCCAACCACAUGGACUCGUACGUGAUCGAUGGCCAGCUGCAACAGGGCGGCCGCAUCGUGCCUUCCUCGCUCUCCGUCCCCGGUCCCCAGAUCAGCUUCAGUGCCACCACCAGUCCCACCCAGGACUCCCCCGACUCGGCUUUCUCGCAGUAUCUCCCCAGCCACUGCUCCAUGCCCGCAUCCAUGCCCGGUUCCAUGCCCAGCGUGACAGCCGCGCACUUGCCGACGGCCGUCUACCAGGCCUCUGCCCCGUCAUACCAGCACCCGAUGGCCCAUUCCCCACAGGGAGACCAGGCAUACCCCUACCAAUGGGUCUCACAGACAUGA